AUUUAUCGAAGUAUGGGGACCGUGCGUUUCACCAUCGCUAUUCUACUAACUCUCAUCCAUCAAACAGGUAAGAGCAUUUAAAGACAUUUUUAUAGUAAUAUUGAUUAGACAUACAGUAUGUGUCUAUAAUCUGAUCAGUAGGCACAGUAAGUAACAGGCAGUAUCAUUUGUACUGAUUACUCUGCUUAUAACCAGUCCAACCAGUGGGUGACCCUGGAACUCAGAUGAAGUCACAGUGGGUGACAUAGUAUGUAAUUAACUGUAGGUAUCAUUUUUUAAAACAAUACUGUAGUUUUAAAAAUAUGUUUUGUAACAACAAUUAAUGAGUAAUACAAACAUUUUGGGUUGUGAUAGUAUAAUGUACUAUUGUAAGACAAAGUUCAGUGUCACAUGAAAGUCAGUGACAGGAAACUACCCCACAACGCCUUUUGAAGCAUGGAACAACUUCUCACACCCGGAAAUGCAUAGCGCAACUCGUUUUUAGACAUGUCUGUCAGUCGACCACAAAUACUGUAUGUGGGCUGAAAAAUGCCCACUCUCUGAGCACCCAAGUUAUCUAUUCUUUUAGGCAGAUUAGGUUAUACUUCCUGGAGUUAUCCUUCAUCAAGUUGCUUUUACUGAAUGGUUUCUGAAACUGAAGUGUGUAUCAUAUCCUAGUUAUUUAUUGUCAAAGUAUGAUGAUCUAAAAGCUGCUGACCUUUUGAUGGGUUAAUCUUGAAACCAUUUAACAAAUAGGGUGUAUAGAGAAAUUCCAGCCCAAACUACAAAGCAUGCAAACAGUAUAUUUAGGCAAAUCGGGUCAUUACGAUGUGUCAGCCAGUUUGGCUAUUUGCAAAAACAAUCAAUUUGCACACAUUCCUUUAGGAGGUUGCGUUGCUAAAUUCAUAUAUCCUACUGCUCUAUUUGUCACAUUGUUUGCUAGACUAUUUCAUCUUUUUUUACAUGAAGUAUUCUGUGUGUUUAUUUCACAGAGUCCAGCUCUGUGUUUGUGCUGAAGGGACAGGAUGUUCGUCUGGAUGUCCUGGGAAAUGUUCAACUGAAAAAGGAUACUGAUUUGCUAUUUUGGAAGUUUAACACAUUAGUCAAUGUUGUAAAGUAUCCCCCAAAAGUAACCUUUGAAAGGUUCAAAGGUAGGGUUGAAUUUAGUGAGGGAAACUUCUCUCUGCUAUUGAAGAACCUUCAGGAAGGAGACAGUGGACCGUAUGAAGCAGUAGUGUCUGGUAACGAAAACACCAACGCUGCUACAUACAUGUUGGUAGUUCAAGGUAUGGUUGACAGUUUUUCUAUUUUAUUAUACAGUGACACAGUUACAGUAUCAAUCAAUAGAGCUAAACAUGGUGUUUUUAGGUUAAAGGCAAAUUCUUUAGAUGCAUUGGUACUCUAGCUCAUGUACUCAGGUUAAUAUACGAACGAUAAUGGGUUUCUAUGUGUUUUCAGAGAGAGUUGAGCCUCCAGUACUGACAGUGGACCCUGUCUCCACCAAGAGUGACCCCUGUAAUGCGACUGUGACCUGCAGAGGCCAGAACACCUCUGUCACCUCCAGCUGUAACAACAGCACCUGCUCUCAGCUGGGAGGAGAGAGUAGAGGGGCUGAGACCUCCACUGUCCCCCUGCUCUCUGUCUAUGUGGCAGGGGGUUCCAUCAUCUGUAACCACAGCAACCAAGUCAGCUGGGCCAACGACACCAAGGAGAUUAAAACGUUUUGUGUACCUAAAUUUGGUAAAAGAGAUGCACGCACACCGUACCCGCACACAUACACACACACACACACACACACACACACACACACACACACACAGACACACACAGACACACACACUAGACUAGAUAUUAUAUGAUACAGUAUGUUGACGUUGAGAUUUUGAUGUCACUGUAUUUCCAAAACCAGAGCGGGACAGAGCGGACCACAACUACGCUGUCAUCCACGUCAUCAUCAUCUUUGUUGCAUGUGCCCUGAUUGGUUGGUGAAAGCUAAAUAACGGUAAGCUCACUGUUCUUGUUGCAG